CUCUCAUCUAUCAAUUGCUCACAUUUGAAAUAGACAACACCAGGAUUUGAGUCAGAUCAAUCAUUGGAUUCAUAGCUUGUAGUAUAAGUUUCGAGCUCAGUGCCUUGUGACGUUUUGCCCAACAGCUCAACCAUCCUCGUCGCGCUCCAAAGUCGGGGGGGUUAGACCAGGAAAUCCCAUACCGGCAAUACCUACACAUCACCAUACAAUUUAGCUUGCAUCUAUAAGAUUCAACCAGACAUCGAAAAUGUCGUUCAGCGACGAGGCUCUCAAGGCCAAAUUGUCGACAUUGAACGAGACGCAAGAUAGUAUCGUCUCAGUCUCACAAUGGAUCAUGUUUCACAAGAGACACGCAGAUAGGAUCGCGAACUACUGGCUGACCCGUCUCCGCGACUCGCCGCCCGCCAAACGUCUCAACUUCAUCUACCUGGUCAAUGACAUCGUCCAGAAUGCACGCGCGCGCAAGCGAGCCGAGUUUCCAGACGCCUUUUCGCCCCUCAUGGCCGAAGCCAUCCAGACGGCCUAUCGGUCUUCUCCCGCAGAGAUCCAACAAAAGAUCCGCCGGGUCGUGGAGGUCUGGCGCACGCGGAAUGUCUUCGAGAUACCCAUCCUCGAAGCCAUCGAGGCUCGCGUCGACGAGGUCGACAAGACCAAGGGCACAAGCGGCGGCACCAAGAAAACUUUGAUGGGUAAAUCUCUGUUCAACUCGUCCUCCUCGUCCGGUCUGCCCAAGGAACUCGAAACCCUCGCGCCGCUUCAGACCGCCGUGACAAAACAAACCCUCUCGGCCCGCCCGACCAUCGACGCCGCGCAGACCGAAUACACCAAACUCACCGAUCCGUCCGCCGUCCUACCCAGCCCUCCGGUCCACGCGGCUCGGCUGUCCAGCCUGAUCAAAGCUCUCGCUGCGGCCGAAUCCUCGGUCUCGGCCAGCAUCAAGGCCCGCAAGGCCCUCGUCGCCGACCUCGAACGCCUCCUGGACGUCAACAGAUCCGCACUCGCCAAGGACGAAGAGACCUUUCUCGAACUCGAAAGCCGCAAGAACAGCACCGAGGCGAAGAAACGCGAGGUCGAAGACGGCAUCAUCCGAGGCCUGUCCGCCGCCGAGCAAACCCCCGGGGCCGCCGACCAACCAGAGUCGACGACAACGACCAUCUUGUCCCCCGACCUGAACGAGCCGUCGAGCGACAACGGCGGCGGCGCGGCCUUCCUCUCCGAGCGGCCAGAGAUCGAGGCCCUCACCCCCGAACGCGAGCCAAUCGACGACUACGGCUCCUUCUUCCAGUCCCCUCCUCCACCUCCACAACAGCAGGACGUGGGCUACAACGCGUCCGCCUCGCCGCCGCGCGCCAGCAACCCGGCCAUCGCGGCGGCACUGGCGGGAUUCUCCGGCGUCGACUACGCCCCAGGAGGAUAUUCAGCCACGACUCCCGACCUUGGUGCCGGCUCGCUGGGGCGGGGACGCUCGCACAGCGGAGGACACCACGGCACGAACGGCUCAAGUGCCAAACGACGUAAAACGUCCCACGGGGAGGACGAGAUGGUUCCUGACCUCGGCGAAAUGGGCAUGGAAGGGUUCGGACAGACUGACGCCGAGGCCGUCAACGACGAGACCUUGCGUAACCUGGAUCGAGAUGUCUCUGAACUUAUCAGGCAGGAGGGCGGAGGACAGUGAGUGAUUCACGACGUUUGCAAACCAAAAGUCAG